AAUACCAAAGACAGAAGACCGAAAAACGUUUUGUUGUUAUAACCUCAAAAAAAUCAUGCCUCAUUCAGCAUAAUAUUUAAUGUUUUAAAAGAAUAUAAUAUCAGUGUAUAAUUGAUCUCUUCAUAAGGAAUGGCUGACACCGAGGAAUACUUUCCCCGAGGGGGCAAGAAGCCCACUACAACAUACUUUAAGCAAAAUGAGAACUUUUUAGGGGGCGCUCAAAAAGGAGAAAGAAAGAAGAAGAAGUUAAAAAAGAAGCCAGAAGAUGAUGACGGAUAUUUAUCAGAGGAUUUGGUUCAAGAAGUGGAUCAAUCUUACAAAAUGUGUGGGAUUGGCUUGAAUUAUAAGGUGGUAAAAGAAGGCCAGUUAUUUCUGGGCCGGGUGCACCAAGUGAAAGAGACUUUGAUCCGCAUGAGGCUCCCUUGCAGAUUGUGUGGCAUAGUCAUGGCCUGUCAUAUAAGUGAAGCAUACACCAAGAUGCUUGAAGCAUAUGUUAAUGAUCAGAUAGACAAAGUGUGUGAGCUGAAAGAGAUGUUCCGCCCGGGGCAGUAUGUGGCGGUGAAAGUGCUGGAAGUCCAGAACAGUAGGCUGGUGCUGUCCAUGAUGCCGCAGCAUGUCAACAGCGCUAGGACGCAGGCUGACUUGCACAAGGGAGCUCUCCUUCAAGCGGCAGUGUCAUCAGUGGAAGACCACGGCUAUGUGAUGGACAUUGGCAUUCCUAAUACAAGAGCAUUUCUACCCAAAGACUCGACUAAUCCAGAGAUACAACUUGAUACGGGGGUAUUAACUUGGGUGACUAUCAAGUCACUUUCAGAAGAAAGUGGUCUGCUAACGCUGAGCAAUUCACUUGAGGUGCUGCAGAGGGCAGUGCAGCGGAAACCAGCACCUUUGCUGCCGGGAACUGCUUUGGAGUUCACUGUUGACAAGUCUCUAGACAACGGCAUCGAAGGUCACGUGCUGGACAAUACCACCGCUUACAUCCAACGAAACCAGGUGGACACUGUCAAAGGGAAGAAGCCUGCAAUGGGCCACAAGAUAAGGGCACGGCUACUGUAUGUGGUUCCACCGAAAAACAUCCCGUUCCUGACCAUGAAAAACAUUUUCGAAACCACUUACCCUGAUUUGACGCAAGAGCAGAAAUUUAAAGAAGGAGACAUUAUAAAAGAAGCUCAGGUAUUAAAAAUAAUGGGUCGAUCGAUCCAUUUGAAGCUGGGAGAAGGCAGCGCAGGCUUGCUCAGUCUACGCAGGAUUGUCGUCCACGAAGACUUCACCGAUGAACAGGUCUUACUCAAAUCCUAUCCUAUAGGCAGUACCCACGAAGUGCGGGUACUCUGUUACAAUCUAUGUGACUACAUGUACUCGGUGACGGACGACCCGGCCGCGCUCGCGGAGAAGUACUUCGACAUGUCGCAGCUGCAUGUGGGCGACAUGGUGGUCGCCACCGUCACCGCCAUCACCGAGAAGCAUCUCUUCGUCACAGUAGGGAGAAUCAAAGGUUCUGUACCACAAUCGCAUAUGAGUGAAACGGGCAUUUACAUUGACCCCAAAAAGGCUAGCAAUCCAAAAUUGACGAAGAAUAAAUUCAAGGUGGGUCAAGAGGUGAAGGCGCGCGUGUUGGCAGUGAAUCAUGAGAAGCAAUUUUUGUAUCUGACGCUGAAGCCAUCCCUGCUGGACCCCGAGCUGGACAUCUUGCAGAGCUGGGAACAGGCGAUAGUGGGAAAAGCCUACACGGGAGUUAUCACGUGCAUCAAAGACUACAUCAUCGUCUCGUUCUUCAACAGCGUGACAGCGUUUGUGCCGAAGAGAUGGGUGUCCGCCGAGCCUCUGGACAACCUCAACGACGCGUUCCAUCGCGGACAGAUUGUAAAAUGUACCAUCAUUAGUGUAAAUCCUGAAACAAGAAAGAUAUGUGGAAGCCUCACCAAAGCCCCGUUUACAGCGACUGAAAAUUAUGUCAGACCUACAAAGCGUAAAUUCAAAGAUCGAGAAGCUGCCGAAAAGCAAAAAACAGAUGAUUCCGAAAAUGUAAAGGAAGAUGAAAAUAAGCAAAACGAUAUUUCAAAUAGUGAAAUUAACGAAAUUGAGCUUGAGGAAAUUCAAGAGCCCAAAAAGAAGAAAAAAAAGAAAAAUAAUGAACUAACAGAAGAGCAAAUCGAUGGGAACAGUGAAAAUAUUGAAACUGGUGAAAAAAAUCGAAAAAAGAAGAGGAAAAAUAAGAUAAUAAACGAUGCUAAUUCUACAGAAAAUGCAGACGCAGAAAUCAAUGGCACGGCUAAUAUUAAAGAAAACAAAAAGAAGAAAGAUAAAAAAUUGAAAGAUGUGACACAAAAAGAAGAUUCUGAAAGUGACCCAAUCGAAAAAGCCAUAUACGAAGGCGGCGACCAAGUUCUAACACCGCAGAAUUGGAGCUUCGUCGACUUAACCGACUGUUUAACUGCUAAACAGUAUAAAAAGAGAGUAGUCGCCUUAAUAAAAUGUAUAGACGAAAGGAAAAAACGCUUAGAAAGCAUAGACAAAAAUAUAGCAACUAUGGAAGAAAAAGGAUUGAACGCGAAAAAUAAAAAAUAUCACACAGCUAUGCAUACAGAGAAAUUAGUGAUACAAAAGCAAACUGAAAAAUUGACAGAAGUUUUAAAAAUAGCGCAGGAAAAGUUAAAAGAGUUUGGCGUAGAAACAAAUCAAGAUAAUAAAAAGAAAAAGAAACCUGCAGCAUCAACAUCAGAUGAAAUAAAAGUAGAAGUUAAGGAAAAUGUAGAUAAAUUAAAAGGAAUGAAGCUAGAUGCAGAUAUUUUGCAGCCAGUGGUUGAAGUGCCGAGUGCUAAGGACUUUUGGUCCUUAGAUACUGAUGUUAUAACUGAUAAAAUAAACAAAGAAGAAUCGAGUAGCAGUGAAGAAGAGGAACAAGAGAAACCUAAAAAGAAACGCAAGAAGCUAACAGUCGCAGAAAAAGCAGCCAAGGCAAGAGAAGAAGAAGAGAGGAUACGUGAGAUGGAGAAGAGAGCAAUAGAGAGUGAGAAUGCGCCUCGAUCGAGCGACCAAUUUGAAAGGGCCUUGCUCGCUCAACCGAACUGCAGUCAGCUUUGGAUUGCAUACAUGGCCUUCCAUCUGCAGGCGACUGAGAUAGAAAAAGCGCGCGCUGUUGGACGUAAGGCGCUCAAUACCAUCAACUUCAGAGAAGAAGGAGAGAAGCUGAACGUGUGGCUCGCUCUACUGAACCUCGAACAUCGCUUCGGGACAAAGGAAACCCAACAAAAAACCAUCGAAGACGCCCUCCAAAUGAACGAACCAUACGAAAUCCACUCCAAACUCCUGGACAUUUUAGUGGACACCAGCAAGCCCCAGGAGUUGGUGUCACUAGUGGAGCUGAUGUUGCGCAAGUACCGCGGGCGCGCGCCAGUGUACGCGGCGUGCGGGCAGGCGUGCUUCGCCGCGGGGCUGACGGACAAGGCGCGACAGGUCAUGCAGAAGGGGAUCGCCGCGCUGGAGAAAAAGGAGCAUGUAUCUCUGCUCGUCCGUUUCGCGCAGCUAGAACGCUCGCACGGCGACCGCGAGCGCUCGGAAGCGCUGUUCGAGCAAGUGUUGGCCGUGUACCCGCAGCGAGUGGACGUGUGCUCCGCUUACGUCGACAUGCUCAUCAAAGCUAAGGACGUCGACCAUGUGCGGCAAGUGAUGGAGCGAAUGACAUCACUACAGCUUCCGGCGCGCAAGAUGAAGGUCCUUUACAAAAAGUGGAUCGAAGCGGAAGAGAAGAUCGGAGACGCGGCUCACGCAGAGAACGCGCGACAACGCGCGAUGAAGUUUAUUGAUAAAGCCAAGUUUUAGUAUGACGAAGUAUAAAUAAAUGGAUGUACAAUU